CAGUCGGUCGCAGCCAUGGCGGAGGGAGGAGAGGGAGAGGAGCUGCUCCGCCCGCCGCUGCCCGCCGGCGCCCCGGGCCCCAAGCGCUUGUGCUCCCGGGCCUGCCCGGCGGGGGGCACCGGGGCCGUGCACCCCCGUCCCGGGGCGGCGGGGGCCGGCUCGGCGGGGCCGGGCGCGGGGGCCAGCGGGGCCGCUCCGGCGCUGCCCGGCUGCUGCCCCGCGGCGGCGGCGGGGCCGGCGGGGGCGGCGGGGCCGGCGGCGGCGGCGGCGGGGCCGGGGGGCGGCGGCGGGGGCGGCGGGACCGGCAGCCUGCUGCAGCCCGAGUCGCUGCUGGACGCGGCGGCCAAGCGGGUGGCGGGGAGCUGGGCCUUCGAGCGGGUGGAGGGCCGCUUCCAGCGCAUCCCCGAGCCCGUCCAGCGCCGCAUCGUCUACUGGAGCUUCCCCCGCAGCGAGCGGCAGAUCUGCAUGUACUCCAGCUUCCAGCCCGGCCGCGCCGCCGCCGCCACCGCCUCCCCCGCCAGCGCCGCCGCGGGGGGACCCUCGGCCGCCGCCGCCCCCGCCCCGGCCGGCGAGGAGAGCCCCGCCGCGGGGCCGCCGCCGCCCGCCACCCCCGCCGCGCCGCAGGGCGAGGGGCUGCCCUUCCGCCGCGGCAUCCGCCUGCUGGAGACCGGCGCGGUGGACAACGUGCUGCAAGUCGGGUUCCACCUCAGCGGGACGGUAACAGAGCCAGCGACUGCAACAGAACCAGAGAUGACCUACAAGGUGGCCAUCAGCUUCGACCGCUGCAAAAUCACCUCAGUGACGUGCGGCUGCGGGAACAAGGACAUUUUUUACUGCGCUCACGUCGUGGCGCUUUCACUGUACAGGAUCCGCAAGCCGGACCAGGUCAAACUCCGUCUUCCCAUCUCAGAGACCCUUUUCCAGAUGAACAGGGACCAGCUCCAGAAGUUUGUUCAGUAUUUGAUCACGGCACACCACACCGAGGUGCUGCCCACCGCCCAGAAGUUGGCUGAUGAGAUCCUGUCGUCCAACUCGGAGAUCAACCAAGUGCAUGGUGCUCCUGACCCCACUGCUGGGGCCAGCAUCGACGAUGAGAACUGCUGGCACUUGGACGAGGAGCAGGUCCGAGAGCAGGUGAAGCUGUUCCUAUCUCAGGGAGGGUACUACGGCUCGGGGAAGCAGCUCAACUCCAUGUUUGCCAAGGUCCGGGAGAUGCUGCGCAUGAGGGACUCCAACGGGGCCAGGAUGCUGACGCUGAUAACAGAGCAGUUCAUGGCUGAUCCUCGGCUUUCCCUCUGGAGGCAGCAGGGGACAGGCAUAACGGAGAAGUGCCGGCAGCUCUGGGAUGAGCUGGGGGCACUGUGGGUGUGUGUGGUGUUAAACCCUCACUGCAAGCUGGAAGAGAAAUCCUGCUGGCUCCGGCAGCUGCGCAAGUGGGGCGAGAUGGACGUCUGUCCCCUGGAAGAUGGCAAUUACGGUAACGAGCUUCCCAACAUCACUAACGCGCUUACGCAGAGCUCCGGUCACAGCCAAGACUCGCUGGCCAGGCCCAGACGAACCGUCUUCACACGGGCCAUCGAGGGCUGUGACCUGCACUGGCAGGACAGCCACCUGCAGCGCAUCAUCAGCAGCGACUUCUACGUGUCCCCCUCCUACCAGCGGGAGGGGGAGAGCCUCCUCUUCAACUCCCAGGGACAGCCGCUGUGGCUGGAACACGUCCCGACAGCCUGUGCUCGGGUGGAUGCCCUGCGCUCCCACGGCUAUCCCAGGGAAGCUCUCCGGCUAACCGUUGCCAUAAUCAACACCCUGCGACUGCAGCAGCAAAGGCAGCUGGAAAUAUAUAAGCAUCAGAAGAAAGAGCUGCUGCAGCGAGGAGCAACAACCAUCACCAACCUGGAGGGCUGGGUAGGCCACCCUCUGAACCCCAUCGGCUGCCUCUUUCUCACCCUGACCGAAGCUUGUAGAUUAGAAGAGGAAAAUUGCCUUGAAAUUUCAGACGCUGGGGACUCCAAACCCCCAGUGUAUCAACAUGUGCCCGUCGUGACCGGCAGCCAAGACAGUGGCGAGUCCUACCUGUCCCUGGCCUUAGAGGUGGCCCUGAUGGGGAUGGGUCAGCAGAGAGUGAUGCCUGAAGGUCUCUAUGCCCAGGACAAGGUGUGCCGCAACGAGGAGCAGAUCAUUGCUCGGCUGCAGGACCUGGAGCUGGACCCGGUGCUGGUGCAGACCCUGCGGAAGCAGUGCAUCUUGCUGCUGGAAGGUGGUCCCUUCAGCGGCUUGGGAGAAGUCAUCCACCGUGAGAGCGUCCCCAUGCACACCUUUGCCAAAUACCUGUUCUCUGCCCUGCUGCCCCACGAUGCAGAUCUGGCAUACAAGCUGGCUUUGCGGGCCAUGAGGUUGCCUGUCCUGGAGACCACAGCACCGUCCGGUGACGUGACUCACCCCCACCACCUGGUGUCGGUGGUGCCCAGCAGGUACCCGCGCUGGUUCACCCUGGGGCACCUGGAGUCACAGCAGUGCGAGCUGGCCUCCACCAUGCUCACGGCAGCCAAAGGGGACAUGCUGCGCCUACGCACGGUGCUGGAGGCCAUCCAGAAGAACAUCCACUCCUCCUCCUUGAUCUUCAAGCUGGCUCAGGAUGCAUUCAAGAUCGCCACGCCAGCUGACAGCAACUCUGACACCACACUGCUCAAUGUGGCUCUGGAACUGGGGCUCCAGGUGAUGCGGAUGACCCUGUCCACCCUCAACUGGCGGCGGCGGGAGAUGGUGAGGUGGCUGGUGACAUGUGCUACCGAAGUAGGGGUGAGGGCCCUGGUGAGCAUCCUGCAGAGCUGGUACUCGCUGUUCACUCCCACGGAAGCCACCAGCAUUGUGGCGGCCACAGUGAUGUCCCACAACACCAUCCUGCGCCUGAGCCUGGACUACCCACAGCGGGAGGAGCUGGCCAGCUGCGCCCGCACCCUGGCCCUGCAGUGUGCCAUGAAGGACCCCCAGAACUGCGCCCUGUCUGCCCUGACCCUCUGUGAGAAGGACCACAUUGCCUUCGAGACUGCCUACCAGAUCGUCAUCGACGCCGCCUCCACCGGCAUGACCUACACCCAGCUCUUCACCAUUGCCCGCUACAUGGAGCACCGGGGCUACCCACUCCGGGCCUUCAAACUGGCCUCGCUGGCCAUGACGCAUCUCAACCUGGCCUACAACCAGGACACGCACCCGGCCAUCAACGACGUGCUCUGGGCCUGCGCCUUGAGCCACUCUCUGGGCAAAAACGAGCUGGCGGCCAUCAUCCCGCUGGUGGUGAAGAGCGUGCACUGUGCCACGGUGCUCUCGGACAUCCUUCGCCGCUGCACCAUGACAGCCCCAGGGCUGGCCGGCAUCCCUGGCCGCAGGAACUCGGGGAAGCUGAUGUCCACCGACAAAGCCCCCCUGCGACAGCUGCUGGACGCGACGAUAAGCGCCUACAUCAACACCACCCACUCCCGACUCACCCACAUCAGCCCGCGGCACUACGGGGAGUUCAUCGAGUUCCUCAGCAAGGCCAGGGAGACCUUCCUCCUGGCGCAGGACGGGCACAUACAGUUCGCCCAGUUCAUUGACAAUCUCAAACAAAUCUACAAAGGCAAGAAAAAACUGAUGCUGCUGGUGCGGGAACGGUUUGGGUGAGCCCCGGCUCCUGCCGUGCUCACUGGCAGGGUCCGCCCACAGCAUGGGGACUCGGGAGAGAAGAAGGAAGGAAAGUGGAGAUCACCUUCCCCCCAUCGGCAGAGGCUGCUCUGUUCUGGUCUUCUGUUUCUUUUUUUUUUUUUCUUUGUUUCCUCUUUUUUUUUUUUUUUUAAUGUUAUUCUUUCUUGGAUUUAACCAUUUCACACACUGAGAGGAUCCAGAGAUUCCUUGGGCACAAACCAAAAGGCAACCACGGGGAAAAAAGGAUGGUUCACCCUGCCCUCCCUUGCCAAUACCAAAAGCUAACCUGGAAAUCUAAUACCUCUUUCCUGAAGGACGCGGUCGCUGGAGGGAUACGAAGGUUGCAAAGUGUAAAAAAAUCUUUAAACUUACAUGGGGAAUUUAACAAAAAAAAAAAAAAAAAAAAAAAAAAAAAAAAAAAAAAAAAAAAAAAAAAAAAAAAAAAAAAAAAAAAAAAAAAAAGAAAAAACACAACAAAAAAAGAACAAAAAAAAAAAAAGGAAAAAAAAAAGCGAGCAAAGAAACCUGCGACACUAGAACCUCAUGCGUCACCAAAAGCGAUGGCUUUGCAGAGUGCUUCUCCCACCCGCCCGAGACAUGCAAACUCCUCUAUUUGUGAAGAUACUUCAAUAAAAACAAGUAAAAGUAACUGUUCUCAGGGAUUGCUUACUAAAAGUAACACAAAAAAAAAAAAAAAGCAUUUAUGAUACUGUAAAUACUAUAGUAUAUGUGUCAAUUAUUAAAUUGUAAAGUUAUAAUUAUUUAUAAUUCUGUCUUUUAUUUGGGGGAUACUUGAAAUUGUUGUGGGCUGGGGCGAUUAUUUUUAUUAUUGCUAUUAUUAUUAUUAUUGUUAUUAUUAUUAUAACUAUUAUUUAAAAAAAACCUACACAAAACCACAGACAAAAAGAGGAGGAGGCACGCGAACGUUUCUCAGGUUCCCAUGGCAUUGUCAGCAGCGAGAAGGGUGUGGGGGGGAGGCGAACUAUCUGCUUGACUCACAGCCCUGGGACAGAUGGACGGACGGACGGACGGAAGGAGGAGCAGCAGCCCAGCGCUGGAGGACAGCGAAGGAAGGGACUCGGGGCGAUGCUCGCUCGGACACACGUGGGGCUGGCGCUGGAGGACGCGAGCCCAUCGCCUGGCACGCAGCGGUCUCCCGGCAGGUGCGGGGUGUGAGGUGCCCGGGUGGGCACCAGGGCCGCCUGGCUCCUGGGGAGAGAGGGGGCAGGUGCAGCCACGUCACCUCCCCGCACCGUUCUGCUUCCCAGCUCCGUGGUGCAGCCAACGCUCGGCCUUUCCCAGCUCACCCCGCACCAAGGGCAGACUCCAGCCCUGGGCCGGUGGCUCUUCGGUUUUGGUUCAUUUCUUUGCCAGCGGGUUGGGAGGGCUGGGGGACCAGGGCCGGUCUGGAUGGUGACUUGUAGUUAGAGAACGUGGGCUAGUUAUCUGCUGUCUGGUUUGACUUUUAAUUUUUUGGCAAGUGACUUGUGUCCGCAAACCGGCCAGGAAACCAAUUGUACUCGGUCUCUGUUGCCACCGAAAUAGCGGUCUUCAACCAGUCUGUUUCUCUCUUUUUUUCCUUCCCUUUUUUUUUUUUUUUUUUUUUUGCGUGCGUGCGUGUAUGUGUGUGUGCGACCUCUUCAUCUGAUGUUUAAUAAUAAAAGGGAUGAACGUUA